AUGCUAGCCAACAGCAUUAUCCCCUGCGUCGCCGCCCUCGUCUCCCUCGCCGCGUCCACCGAGACCCAUGGAGGCUACGACUUUCAGGUGCGAUUCAGCAAUACCGCGGACCCGGAAACGACGGACAUCAAGGAUGCCUACGAGCAGGCAGCUGCUGAACAGGCGUCGACCCAUCUCCAGGCCCGGAUCAACGCAACGGGCAUCGCGGCAGACUGUCUGAAGUCCAACACCGGCCCGACUCCCGCCGAGCUGUAUGCCCUCAAGGACUGCGUCGCCGCCGACAACGUCGGCAACUUCUUCACCCUCCUGGCCGACGACAUCGAAGAGUCCAACACCUUCUGGGACACCGUAGUCUCCCAGUCGACCACGGACAGGACACAGUGGGUGCCUGCCCGUAUGUACACCAAGGCCUACUUCGAUGGCGACCUCCUGGCCGCCCAGUUCGCCAUUUGGACGCAGUCGCAGAAUGCCGAUGAUGCCAACAAUCACGCCAACCCCGAGCACUACUACAAGAAGACUACCGUGACUGGUCUUACUAGUCAGAGCUCUGACAUCUUCGAGGGAUGGGGCGGCGUACUGUCGACAUUCGGCACCAAGCGCACAAACUUUACUGUACCGGAAUACACAACCCCAACCUUUGGCACGGCAGACUACCCUGAGGAGUGGGCCAUCGAUCCGAGCUUCCUGCUUAUAUUCCAACGCAUAGGACCGAAGGUGUUGAAGUCUGGCUCGGAGGCCACCUUUGGAGCCCUACACAUCGCUGUCCGCGACCUCGCAGCCGACGAGGGUGACGAGGGCAAGUCUGGUAUCGAGGUCUAUGCCGCAGUCUGGUAUCCGCCGUGGGACCAGGCCAGCGAGCAGAGCAGGAUGGAGUUUACAGAUAAUUAUCUGGCUGACGAGGCGCAUCAUAUGGUUGUGGAGGUCAUCAAUUUGACCCUACAAGCGCAGAAGGAUUGCAGCACUGGGUUAUGUGUAGCAUAG